GGUGGUUUCUGUCGUUUCACCACAUACAGAAAAAUUUCAAGUCUUGGACGAACCGAUCAUAGACACGUCAACCUUUAAGGUCCGCCUUAAAGUAAUGAAAAUAUAGACAGAUGAAGUUUAUGUCAACUGUACCGGAUAUUAAACACGUCAGUGAUAUUGUUUACACUGUUAAACUUGCCUGACACCAUCAUAAAUGUUUAACUUAUCUAUCUAUAAAUUUGGGAUUCGUCAUGAUUUGCUGUAAUACGCAUGCGCAGAGAGCCUUUAAGCGAUGGCUAAAUUCCUGCCUUUUAUGCAAGGAGCAGGGUUGGAUGGAAAGUUAUCUCGAUAAAAUUGGCAAUUAGGCUAACGUUAUCGAUACUUAGCAGCGUCACUGUCGCUCACCAGUCACUUCGACCUAUUUGAGAUCUAGUAAUUGCGAACGGUUGCCGUUCGUAUUACGAGAAAAGCAUAUCUUCAUCUUGCUAACUAUUAGCUAGGUAGCAUUAGGAAGCUAGCGUUAGCAUGUCACAUUUUGCCUUGUCUUGUGUUCAUCAAGGUAGCUAGCAGCAAGUCAUCAUUCUCAGGUGGUGCAGAAAGUAGCUGGUCAUCGGAGCUUCGCUGACGUUAUCGCUAAACAUUUCGGGAAGAGCUGCAGAGGAAUCAUCACUGUGCAUCGGCGUGUCAGCCAACACUGCUGCUGCUGCUGCCGACUGACUGAGAGUACCUCUUCAGUGGUGUGAAUGAGGGAGACAUGGCAGACCACACCCCACCUCUGGAGUCCGGCCAGCUUCUCAGCCCUGAACUCCCAAUCCUGGCCUCGCCGCCACCCCCAGCCAUGGUCAACGGGGAGGGCCCCCAGCAGGUAAUCCUGGUGCAGGUAAACCCAGGUGAGGCCUUCACUAUUCGACGAGAGGAUGGUCAGUUUCAGUGUAUCACAGGUCCUGCUCAGGUUCCCAUGAUGUCUCCAAAUGGUUCAGUGCCUCCAAUCUAUGUGCCUCCUGGAUACGUUUCACAGAUCAUAGAAGAAAACGGAGUGCGGCGGGUUCUGGUUUUACCUCAGCAACCAGAUUUCCACCCAGGGGGCCACUCCCCUCUCCACCACCCUCCACCUCCACCCCACGCCCACCUGCCUGCCUUCAUCCCACACCCCGCCAUGAUGCCCCCGCCGCCCCACCUGUACACGGGCAUGGCGGGGGGCGUGGGCGACAUGAGCUCUCAGUACAUCUCCCAGUACCAUCCGGCUCAUAUCUACUCAGAGCAGGUCUCUGCAGAUUCUCACUCCCAACACGGACGCCCAUCGUUUGUCCACAGAGACGACAGAACUAGCAAAACGUACGAGCGUCUGCAGAAGAAACUGAAGGAGCGUCAGGGAGGCGGAGGAGGAGGGCAAGUGAAGGACAGCCCUCCCCCUUCGCCGCAGAAGACUUGCAGCAGCCCGCCGACGCAGGACAUUCACAACGGAGUCGGAGGGAAAGGGCCGGAGGCGGAGCAGGGACAGCCCAGCCACGCGGCGGCCGGCCCUGAUAAGCAGACAGGCAGGGGAAAAAACGGAGAGUCAGGAGAGCUGGACGAGGAAGCUCAGGCCCUGCAAGCGCUAUUGAGUACCAUCAGUAAAGCAGUGGUGUCAGACAUCCAGGCCAGAGGAGCAGUAGUGAGCUGGAGUGCUCCCACCAGACCAGAGAGUGAGAACGGCAGUAUGGAGGAUGACUGCAGCCCCUCUGGGCCCUUCAGCUACGAGGUCUCCAUCUCAUUUAGCGGCAAAGACGGGAAGUACAAGAGCAUGUACUGUGGGGAAGAACUAAGUGCAACUUUAGAAGACCUUCGACCAGCAACAGACUAUCACGUCAGGGUCCAGGCCAUGUGUAACUGUUUACAGGGAAGCCCGUCAGAGGCUGUGAGCUUCACCACAUUAAGCUGUGAGCCGGAUCCUCCCAAUCCUCCCAGGAAGGCCAGCGGGACCAAGAACACAAUUGCAGUGCAGUGGAAGGCUCCAUGUGACAACGGUUCCAAGAUCCAAAACUACAUUCUUCAGUGGGAUGAGGGGAAGGGCACUGGGGCUUAUGAACAGUGCUACUAUGGCUCUCAUAAGCAGUACAGACUUACCAAGCUCUCACCAGCCUCAAGAUACUCCUUCCGCCUCGCAGCCAAAAACGACAUGGGUAUAAGCGAGUUCAGUGAAGUGGUGGACCUGUUCACCUCAUGCAGUGUGCCAUUGCCACCCUUCCCUCCAGAGCUGGAGAUGGCGGGGGUGACCUGGCUGUGUCUGAAGUGGCAGAGGCCCACUAGCUCUCCGAAGGAGGAUGACAUCUACUAUAUUUUGGAGAUGGAGGAGGAAGGCUCGGGAUAUGGCUUCCAGCCAAGCUACGAUGGAGAUGACCUCUCAUGCACCAUCAAGAACCUCCACAGGAGCACCAAGUACAAGUUUCGGGUGGCGGCAUACAACUCCGAGGGGAAGAGUAACCCUAGCCAGGUGGUAGAGUUUGUCACAAACCCAGAUAGACCCAGCUGUCCCUGCCGACCUGUCAUCAGGGGAAGAGUUCUGCCCAACAGCUUCAAGAUGGCCUGGGAGCCCCCGAAAGAUAACGGUGGAGCAGAAGUCACAAAGUAUGUUGUGGAGCUGUCUGAAGGCUUAAGCGGUCUGUCAUGGGAGCUGGUGUAUUCAGGGCCAGCUGCGGAGCAUGUGUGCGAAGGCUUGAAGCCCGGCUGCUCCUACCAGACACGAGUUUACUGCAUGAGCGAGGGGGGGCAGAGCCCGCUGUCGGAGACCCUGCAGGUCCAGACUCCUGCAGUGCCCCCGGGUCCCUGCCAGCCCCCUCGGCUGGUGGGCAAGCCCAAAGCCAGGGAGGUGCAACUGCGCUGGGGUCCCCCUCAGGUAGACGGGGGCAGCCCAGUGUCCUGCUACAGCGUGGAAGUGAGUGGGCCGCAGUCUGAGGAGAGCCGGGAGGUUUACCAGGGUCCAGAGCUGGACUGCUCUGUGGGAGGCUUAAUGCCUGGCAAAACCUACAGCUUCCGGCUCAAGGCGGCAAACAAAGCUGGGUUCGGGCCCCUUUCGGAGCGCUGCGAGGUUACAACCGGCCCCGGGGCCCCCGAGCAAUGCAAGGCUCCGUCCACCACAUGCAAAUCCCCCAGCUGUGUCGUGGUGAGCUGGGAGGCCCCACCCUGCAACGGAGCUCCAGUGACAGAGUUUCGUCUGGAGUGGGGAGCCGCUGAGGGCAGCAUGCAGGUGUGUUACAGCGGACCGGGGCUCAGCCAUGAAAUGAAAGGGCUGCUGCCUGCAACCAACUACUUCUGCAGGAUACAGGCCGUGAACGUGGCCGGCGUGGGACCCUUCAGCGAGGCGGUGUUGUGCCAGACGCCCUGCUCCGUGCCCGCAGCCGUCAGCAACAUCAGCGCACUGAAGGAGUCCGAGCUGCAAAGGUACGAGACUCCAGCGGAAGCAGAAGAAGACGAGGAAGAGGACGAGGAGGAGGAUAGCAGUUCCCAGCCACAACCACUCUACUCUCCGUCCACCUGCUUGGGUAUUUGCUGGGAGCCCCCGUGCGAUCACGGCUCCGAGAUCACCUCCUACCUGAUCGAUCUGGGAGAACGCCAACCCAUCGUCGUCGGCCCCGUCACCAGACACAUCAUCCAGCAUCUGCAGCCUGACAUCAGCUACAGGAUCCGAAUUCAAGCCCUGAAUAGCUUGGGAGCAGGCCCAUUCAGUCACACCUUUAAGCUGAAGACGAAGCCUCUGCCCCCGCUGCCACCCCGCCUGGAGUGCACCGCCUUCAGCCACCAGACCCUCAGGCUCAAGUGGGGCGACGGUCCAGCCAAAGCCGCCACCUCAGACGCCCUCCAGUAUCAGCUGCAGAUGGGGGAUAAGAGCGGCAGAUUUAUAUCCUUGUAUAAAGGACCAUGCCACACACACAAAGUCCAGAGGCUUAAUGAGUCUACCUCUUACACGUUCCGCAUCCAGGCCUUUAAUGAGGCGGGCGAAGGGCCCUUCUCCAAUGUUUACACAUUCACCACCCCACGCUCUCCUCCUGCCCCUGUGAAAGUCCCUAAAGUGGAGCGUCUGGAUGACAACUCCUGCGAAGUCACAUGGGAGGCCCUGCCACCCAUGAAAGGGGACCCAGUCAUCUACACCCUGCAGUGCAUGAUGGGAAACUCCGACUUUAAACAGGCCUACAAAGGCUCUGCCACAUCCUUCCACGUCCAGAACCUGCAGCCUAACAGCGACUACCGUUUCCGGGUGUGUGCCAUCAGGCAGUGCCAGGACGCCCCGGAGCUGAGCGGCCCCUACAGCCCCACAGUGACCCUCUCCCCCCAGCGGAACGACGUGGCGGCGGGCGGCUCCGCGGCCGGCUCGGGGUCCAGAGCCGGCGCGGAGUCCAGCCGCGCCAGACGGAGCCUGACGGACGAGCAGUGCGCUUUCCUCCUCCUCAUGGUUUUCGCCGUCAUCGCCAUCCUCAUCGCUUUUGUCAUCCAGUACUUUGUCAUUAAAUGAGCAGUGCGCACCCCCCCCAGCUGCAGGGUUAUAGCUUUAUUCUUUACCCCCCCCCCCCCCUCUCUCUCUCUCUCUGUUGUUUUGUUUUCUUCAUUUUUGUACUUACUGUUUUUUCUCUUGUCAACAGAGUAAUCGCAUUAGCUUCAGGGGGAGGGAGGGCCGGUGAGCGUGGGCUUAAUAGCAGUUUAAAAAUUGAGGAUGUAACACCUUAUUUGGCAUCUGUGAUACCUUCCUCUCCUGCCUCUGUCACCCUGCCCCCCGACUCUGUGGUAUCUUGUUGUUCAGUUGAGAUUUCUGUUCCAUCAUGAUCAGCUUUCCUGUGCAAAAGGAACUCAGAAAGAGCAGGGAUACGGUUAAUUUUCGGGGAGAGGGUGGGAGGGAAGGGGCGCUUCGACUCAUGUACUUGUUGAUUACAGUAUAUAUAUAUAAAACAGUAUAUAUGUGUAUAGAGAUAGUCAUUAUUUAUAUUUCCAUUUACGUGUCCAGUAUGAAACUGUUUUUUGAUAGAUGUGUUCCAAAAAAUAGUACGUAGGUGUGUCAUUAGCCUAUGUGCUAUUUGAUCCUGGGACCUGGUGGGCCAGUGUUUGCACAUUGGGGUGUGUGUGUGUGUCCAGAUGUGUAUACUGUAUGUAGUUGGUGCCACAAAAGGUACACGGCUGGGAGGGCUUCAGGGCCAGAUGAAGGGACUUAACCCCCCUGCUGGAGUUUAAGGGGUCUAGCGAGAGAAGAAAACGAAAAAUGAAAUUCUUGUUCACAUUAUAGAACGUUCAUUUAGCACUUUCCAACCUUUUUGAUGUUCAGAAUGUUUAAGGAUGCAAAAAUGACUGGAGAAAUGUUAGUAUAUUUUUGUACAGUGAAGACACAAGGACCUGUAAGUUUGAGAAAAAAAAAAAAGCUCAGUAUAAAGUUAGAAAACAAACAAAAACCAAACUAACAGUGAAUUCUAAUUAUUUUUACUAUCAUAUAGUUAUACUGUAGCUUGUUUUUACAAUCAUGCAGCUGCUUUACUCCGAAAUAUUGUUGUUCAGCACAAAAAAUGUAUGCUUACCUGUAUGUUCUGUUUUAUUUUGGUUUUUUUUUGGUUUUUUCCCCAGUAAUUGAUUUUGCACCUUAGUGAAAGAAAAAACCUCGACUGACUGCGUCUUGGUCUUGUGAUGCAUUUUAUAGAACACACUUUGAGAUUGUGCGAGCCCUACUUGUGUUUUGGGUGUUUUAAAAGUUGUAGUACCACAUUAAUAUGUCACUGAAACAGCUGAUCUAUCUCAGCAAAAGAGAAAAAAAAAAAAAAAAAACGGAGAAAAAAAAAAAGUAUGUACCAGUUGUUUCAGAGGCCUUAAUUGGAGAGGAAAAAAUCUCGGGAGAAUUUUCUUAAUUUCUCUAAGUUUUCAUGUUUUUUUUUUAGUGUUAGAAAACUCUAAAACGUGUUUUAUUUACUUUUAUUUUUUUCAACAUUUAUUUGAUGUUAGUAAAUAUACGUAAUCAUGAGCGAAAUGGAAAGUAGUUCUGUGUACUAUGAUUUAUUUUGAUUUGUCAGGUUAUACAUGUGUGAAGUAUAUUUUUUUAUAAUAUUGAAGUAAUAUAAGUUAAUACUCUCCAGAGAAAAUAAUAAAUCCUGAGUACUCAUGAAUCAUGGAACGCAAAUGGCAGAUACAACAUGUGUUAUAUCAUGUACUUCCUGUGAAUCUAAAUUUACCUUUUUCUCUGUGUGUUAAGUAUUCGUAACAGAUUGCUAACGCUGAUUUUUUUCAGUAGUAAUCUGCUGUAGGGUCUAUUGUUGUUUGGUUUUGGGCAGAUAACCGCUGUUGCAACCGUAAAAAUGAAAUACAGGUACCUUGCAAAACGUCUUGGAUAAUUACAUGAUUUGGUCUUUCAGACAUUCUGCAAAUGUCUUCUCUUUGUCAUUUAAAGAAUUCAAAUUCCUAUUUUUGAUAGCAAUUGCAAUGUGUGCCAUUUUAACACCUCUUCACCCUGGGCUUACUACCUUUGGUUGGGGAGAUUAAGAAAAUGCUACAAAAAUGAGUAAAAUAUGCACAAAAAUAGAGACCAUUUUUAUGUAAUUUUAAUGUUUGCAGUUACCUCAUACACCGUACAUUCCAAAAUGAAAAUUUGUUAUACUAUACAUACUACCAGACAUAUCACUUUAAAAUGUUCGUUAUGGGAAAAAAAUGUAUAAUCAUAGAAAUGUAUCUAAAGUGUAUCUGUAUAGCCAUGAUAUCUACAAAGGAUCCAUGCACAAUAAAAGAUUUAUAAUUCUUAA